AUGUCGACGAACAAAGAUCCCGAGCUUGCGAAGGAUGGCCUUGAGGUCACGGCAUCUCUCUCUUCCUCCAAAGAUGCCAAUGCGCCCGUCCCAGUCGAAGGCACGACCGAACACCUACCCACUUAUGAACAUGAGAAGGCCCUAACAUGGAAGUUUGACCUCCGGAUACUGCCUAUGCUGGCAGUCAUGUACCUCUUCAACGCGCUCGACAAGGGCAACUUGGGCAACGCAAAGACGGACAACAUGGACAAGGACCUUGGCUUCGUUGGAAAUCAGUACAACAUCAUGCUGAGUAUCUUCUACGUACCGUACGUUAUUUUUGCGCCGCCGAUUGGUAUGCUGGGAAAGAAAUAUGGCCCGCAUCGCGUGCUGCCGAUCAUGAUGUUUUGUUUCGGUAGCGCAACCCUGCUUGCUUCUAGUGUACAGAACUGGAGUGGGAUGAUGGCUUUGAGAUGGUUCUUGGGUAUGGCUGAAUCCGCCUUCUUCCCGCUUGUCAUCUACUACUUGACUACCUUCUACCGCCGAGGCGAGCUUGCAAGAAGAUUGGCCUUGUUCUAUGCCGCCUCUAACAUCGCGAACGCAUUCUCGGGGCUUCUUGCUUUUGGUGUAUUCCAGAUCGAAUCGAAGCUCGACUCGUGGCGUUAUCUGUUCAUCAUUGAGGGAGCACUUACAGUCUGCUUCUCAUUCUUCGCCUACUGGUACCUCCCCAAGAACUCAUUCGAAGCCAAGUUCCUCAACGAAUCGGAAAAGCAGCUCGCGUUUACCCGUAUCCAGAUUGACUCCUCAUCAGUGGUCGACCAAAAGUUUGAUCUAAAGGACGCGCUUGGGAUCUUCAAGGAGACCUCGACCUAUGGCUUCCUCGCUAUUGAGGUUUGUCUGGGUGUACCACUCCAGUCCGUGUCACUUUUCCUGCCACAAAUUGUGGCGCGACUUGGCUACGACAAGAUUAAGACGAACCUCUACACGGUUGCGCCCAACAUCGUCGGAGCUAUUGUACUUCUCAUCUUGGCCUUUGCCUCUGAUCACACACGUCUCCGCUUCCCUUUCAUCGCCCUCGGCUUCCUGCUCACGUUCAUUGGUUUCAUCAUCUAUGCCACCAUCGACGUGGAGCACUCCCUCACCGUCGCAUACUUCGCCUGCUUCAUGAUGACAUGGGGGACAUCCGCACCUUCUGUCCUCCUCUCAACAUGGUACAACAACAAUGUCGCCGAUGAGAAUCGACGUGUCACUCUUACUUCCGUUGGUGUGCCGCUGGCGAACUUGAUGGGUGUGGUCAGCUCCAACAUCUUUAGGCCACAGGAUGCGCCCGAGUACAUUCCCGCGCUGGCCACCACUGCGGCUUUUGGCGCGACUGGAUGUUUGUGUGCCGCACUGCUAGGUGCUUAUAUGGUUGUAGACAAUAAAAGGAGGAACGCGAAGCAGGGCGUCAACCACACUGCUAGGGAUGUGUCGACCGAAAAGCUGAGAGAUGGACCUAAGAACCCAGAGUUUAGGUGGUGCAAGUUGCAAGACGCAGCUGCAAGGAUGUUUCCGUCCAGGGAUCGUCGAGAACGCGGCGGCCAGGCGUUAGCGCCAUCUCUUAUCGCCGAGGCAGCGCAGCUGCUACAUCACCCGUCACAUAGCCUCACGCGCCUCACUCGACACCAGUCAUCACGGGUCGCAGCUCAGAGCUGCCUAGUACCUUGCUCUCCGGGAGCUCGACUCAUCACCACCAUGGCGGUCAAAGCUGCAGUGCCAUUCCUGGUGGCCAUGAUGCUGCUGACAGGUGUGUGUAACACACUGUUAACCAAGUACCAAGACAUGCAAUGCGUCGACAACUGCGACUCCCCCUCGCCGGAAUACCGCCAGCCCUUCGAACAGCCCGUACUCCAGACCCUCCAGAUGUUCGUGGGUGAGAUGGGCUGCUGGCUCGUCAUCGGCAUAUUCACCCUCUACCAGCGGUAUGCGAGCGCGAAGGCAGGCUACGAGGCCAUUCCGGAUAACGACGGCGCUGCUACACCAGGCUCGGAUGAUAGCGAGACCGGCGCUGUUGCCAACCCGCUGAAGCCUGCGCAUCCCGAUGAUGAAGGUAGGAUACCACUCGAGGGACGUAGCAUCUUCUUGUUGGCGCUCCCAGCAUGCUGCGACAUUGCCGGAACAACACUCAUGAACGUUGGUCUGCUAUUUGUCGCAGCCAGUAUCUACCAGAUGACUAGAGGCGCACUGGUGCUCUUCGUCGGUCUGUUCAGCGUCUGGUUCCUCAAGCGCCAUCUUGGGCUCUACAAGUGGUUUUCGCUCUUUGUUGUCGUCACUGGUGUUGCGGUUGUCGGUCUCGCUGGAGCUAUCACCAAAGACGACAAAGCAUCGCCCGGUCACCAAUCCAUUCACGAUGAGGCUACUGGCUCUGUUGGUGCGCAAGCUGCCACUACUCAAGCUGCCAAGACCAUCAUUGGUGUACUACUCAUUGCUGGUGCGCAGAUAUUCACCGCGACGCAGUUCGUGCUUGAAGAGAGGAUUAUGGAGAAGUACGCCAUGGAGCCGAUCAAGGUUGUCGGCUGGGAAGGUGUGUUCGGCUUCUUGGUAACGCUCAUUGGUAUGAUCGUCCUACACUUCGCAAUCGGGACUGGAUACUUCAACGCGAGAGAGGGAUUGUACCAGAUGACGCACUACCGCGCUAUCGCAGUAUCCUCGGUGCUGAUUAUGAUCAGCAUUGGUGGCUUCAACUUCUUCGGUCUAUCCGUGACUCGCACCGUCUCGGCUACUUCGCGGUCGACCAUCGAUACUUGCCGCACCCUCUUCAUCUGGAUUGUGUCGCUUGGCCUUGGCUGGGAGACAUUCAAGUGGCUCCAGGUUGCGGGUUUCGCUUUGUUGGUGUACGGCACGUUCUUGUUCAACGACCUCAUUCGCCCACCGCUAAAGGCGUGUGUUGAGAGGAAGGCUGAGCCUCUGCUACCUGAGGGUCCGAUCGAGCAUCUUUAG